AAGAAACCCUCGGUCACAUCCUGAAUGCGAGCUCCUGCAAGGAGCACUGUUCCAGAAAUUAUUAGAGCAAGGCACGAUGGCCUCCGGGUCUCUGGGAUUUCCCUGACCACCAGCAAAAUACUGAUGAACUACAUCAGCCAGGAGAAGGCCAUCCCCAAGGAGAUUUUGCACACCAAUAAGGUCUCUGCUAAAGCCAUACAGAAACUGGGCACAUUCUAUGUUGGCACGGUGCAGGAGAGCACAGAUGCUCCUAAACUUCUGGUCUCAAAACCACCGUUUCUGCUGUUACCAGAUGAUGAGGAUGGAGCCAUUCAUAUCCCCUGCACUCCAAAGUUUGAUGUCCAUCAGGGUAUGUUGGGGAGAAGAGUUGUUGGGGUCCCCAUCCUACUCUUUUCCUUUUAG